AUGAAACUGUUUGUGUGUCUACUCGUUGUGGUCGCCACGUUAGCUUCGGCCCAUGGUGGACUUUUGAGUCUCCUUGGAAAGGGUGGCGGCGGCGGUGGUGGCUACGGCGGCGGUGGCUACUCCGGCGGUGGCUACUCCGGCGGUGGUUACUCCGGCGGUGGCUACUCCGGUGGUGGCUAUUCCGGCGGUGGUGGUUAUGGCGGCGGCGGUUAUGGCGGCGGCGGUGGUUAUGGCGGCGGCGGUGGUGUUCAGGUUAUCAAGAUAAUCGAUGGUGGACACGGCGGCGGCGGCUACGGCGGCGGCGGCUAUGGCGGUGGCGGCUACUCUGGUGGUGGCUACUCCGGCGGUGGUUACUCCGGUGGUGGCUACUCCGGCGGCGGUGGCUAUGGCGGCGGCGGCGGUUAUGGCGGCGGCGGCGGUUAUGGCGGCGGCCAUGGCGGUCAUGUCCAGGUCUACAAGGUCUACACAACCACUGUCCACACUGGCGGCGGCGGCGGUGGAUACGGCGGCGGUGGCUACGGCGGCGGUGGCUACGGCGGCGGUGGCUAUGGUGGCGGCGGUCACGGUGGCUACAGCGGCGGUUACAGCAGCGGCAGCAGUUACAGCAGCGGAGGCGGUUCCUCCGGCUGGUGGAAGAAGAAGUAA